ACUGGGGUCACAAAUAAGUAGUGUGAUGGAGACACAAUCUUCGGAAUUAUUAUUUCGUGGUAAAUGGUGAUAUUUUCGGCAUGGACGGCGUACUACACUACACUACUGGGAUCCUUGACUGUUGCUUGAAUUCGGGUGGCCUGGGCACUGUGUAUUCAUUCACUCAGGACAAGGAGUCGGGACAACAAAUUUCACUGCGAAAAGAUUAUCCGUCAAACUGUGCCCAUCUCGUCCCCACGGCCGUCAGCGUCAUUGCCGUCCGUGACGAGGAAGCGCUUCGAUUUCGCCUUCCAGACAACAGAAAUGUCCUCUUUGGGCACGCCCUUGCUCUACGGCGCAAAGAAGACAACGACGCGACGAAGGCGACCAAGAACAUGGACGCGGCUGGAGGAGAGGCCAGGGCCGGAGGAGGGCGCGCCAAGACGAUGCUACGGCUGGGGGCGCUCUUCGGUCUCUGGCACCUCUUCACCGGCACCGGCUACAGCAAGCAGGUUCUGAAGGCUUUCACGUAUCCGAUAAACGUCACGGCCGUGCAGUUCGCCGUUGGAACUGUAGUCGCUUUGCUCAUGUGGACCACCGGUAUCCUUAAAAGACCAAAGGUGUCUGGGGCACAGCCUGCGGCUGUCCUCCCUCUGGCUAUCGUCCAUACCAUGGCCAAUCUUUUCACAAACAUGAGCCCUGGAAAGGUUGCGGUGUCAUUUACACGACGACAAGGCUCACAGGGAGCUGAAGCCUACCUUACCUGUUCUCCUUCCUAUCUUCCUCGGUCAGUUGCUUAUUCCGUUGGUUGUAUUGUGUCUUGUUCCAAUUGCGACCUUCCAGUCAAGGAAUGUGAUGAGGGGAUCUCUGGACGCCAUUAAUGUUUUCUCAGUUAUCACAGUCAUGUCAUUCUUCCUCUUGACCCCAGUAACCUUUCUAACAGAAGGUGUCCAAGUCACACCCGCAGGCCUGCAGUCCCUGUCUUAUGUGUGUAUGUAUCGAACUUAAAACAGAUAUACACAGGAACGAUCUUUGCUGCUUGAUGCAUUCUGCUUCCAUGGGUACCAACAGGUAUGAUACAUGAUCCUAGCAAGGGUGUCACAAUUGAAGAGAAUUUCAUAAGACCCAAGGCUAAGGCUGCUAGAUCACAUUUUCAGGAGAACUAGUACCUGUAUUAGAACAAUAUUUGCUGGAGAGUUCAUUCAUUCAUUGGCCCAUUUCUGAUCUAUACAGUUACCAGCAUUUGCGAAUUGUUUAAUCGUGUAUUAAUAAAUCUGCUGAAUUUUUACUGUGAAUU